UAAGUAUAAAAACCAUCGUAAAAACAAUAUUUAAUACGCAUAUUUCAAAAACUAUUUAUUUUAUAUGGCAAAUAUAAAUAUUUUUUUAUCACAUAUCCGUUACUUUUCGUAUCUUGGCCUAAAAACUCACAUUUUAAGGUUAUGUCUGAUCAGAAAAUUGCGGCAACUAUGUAUUUAAAUUUAACAAUUUAUCGUUAUUAAUAAGUUUUAAUUAAACGUUGAGAUUUAAACAUGCCACAAAAUAAACGUUUAGCCAUUUGUAUGUCCGAUAAGAAACUGCAAAAGCUAAAUUUAAAGGAAUUUGGUGAAAUUUGUAACAAACAUGGAUUUGAUGUAUUUAAAUUGGAUCUAGAUGAUAAUAUAGAGAAGCAAGAACCUUUUUGUGUGCUUCUGCACAAGUUAACUGACACAAUAGUUGCAGCAAAUGAAGGUGAUCUCAAGCAAAGGUAUAUGUUAACUAACAUUGAAAACUACAUAGAGGAACAUCCUGGUUUGAAAGUAAUAGACCCAUUACCAAGUCUUCGUAAUCUGCUAGAUAGAUACAUAACAUAUAGUAUAAUAAAUUCAACUAAUUUGCAUUUAAAUAAUGUGUUUACACCAAAUUUUUGCGUAUUAAAAUCCCCCGACCUUUCGGUCAUUAAAGAUCAAUUAAAAAAGUCAAAUAUAACAUAUCCAUUUUUAUGCAAGGCUGUACAAGGACAUGGCUCUGAAAUAUCACAUCAAAUGUCCAUUAUAUUUAAUGAGGAUGGCCUUAAAAAUUGUAGAAUUCCGUCAGUGGUUCAAAGUUUUAUAAGACACAAUGCCGUUUUGUAUAAAAUAUUUACUGUAGGUGAUAAACAUUCCUGUGUGGAGAGACCUUCAUUGAAAAAUUACAAAGCUUGUGAUAGUGAAACUAUAUUUUUUGAUAGUGCGGUCGUUUCAAAAGCCGGCUCUCAAAGUGAAUUGUCAAUACUUGAUCCAGAGGAAAUGAUUUGUAAAGUACAACCUAAUCCUGAAAUUAUAGAUAUAAUUUCAGAGAGUCUGAGGAAAGCUUUUGAAAUGGAUUUGUUAGGAAUAGAUGUGAUUAUUGAAAAAGACUCAGGGAAGUAUUGGAUCAUUGAUGUAAAUGCAUUUCCAGGAUACGACGGGUUUCCGAAUUUUUAUGAAUGUUUGAUUGAAUGCGUUAAAAAGAAAUUGUGAUACAAAAUAGAAACUUGAAAACUGCCAAAUAGCCACUUGCUCAACAGAUUCUGUAUUGAUUUCUGGUCAUCUGUAAAGUAAAAUAGAACAAGUGAAUGAACCAAAAAAGAUUUUUAUAAGAUAUUAUAAAGGUGCCUAUUUCCUCAUUAUUGUUUUAGAAAAAAUAAAAUUAUUGAAAAUUAUAA